AUGUCUCUCGCCGAAACCAAGGCAAGUCAAUUGUGCCCCGCCAACCUCUCCUUCGUCCUCGAAGGCAUUAAGAAAGUGAAAUUCGAGGAACGGCCCAUCCCCGAAAUCAUUGAUCCCUACGACGUCCUGAUCAACGUCAAGUACACAGGAAUAUGCGGCAGUGAUGUCCACUACUGGGAACACGGCUCAAUCGGCGACUUCGUCGUCCGCGAUCCCAUGGUCCUCGGCCACGAAUCCUCCGGCAUCGUCAGCAAGGUCGGCUCGGCAGUUACCACGUUGAAGGUGGGCGACCAAGUGGCCAUGGAGCCUGGCAUCCCCUGUCGCCGCUGCGAGCCCUGCAAGUCCGGCAGAUACCAUCUCUGUCUGUACAUGGCCUUUGCUGCCACGCCGCCCUACGACGGCACGCUGGCCAGGUACUACAGACUGCCGGAAGACUUCUGCUACAAGCUGCCGAGCUCGGUGUCCCUCAAGGAAGGGGCGCUCAUCGAACCGCUCGGCGUAGCUGUGCAUGUCAUCAAGCAGGCAGGCGUCGUACCGGGCAACUCUGUGGUGGUGUUUGGCGCGGGCCCCGUGGGCCUGUUGUGUUGCGCAACGGCAAAGGCAUUCGGAGCCAGCAGAGUCAUAGUCUCCGACAUCCAGCAGAGCAGAUUGGAGUUUGCAAAGAAGCAUCUCGGGGUCGACACGUUUUUGCCUGCACGAGUGUCUGCCGGGGAGAAUGCAAAUCGCCUCAAGGAGGAGAACAAUCUGAGUGCCGGCUUCGAUGUGGCCGUAGACGCAUCGGGCGCAGAACCUGCUGUGCACACGGGAGUGCACGCCCUCCGGACCGGCGGUACGUAUGUCCAAGCCGGCAUGGGCAAGUCCGAGAUGAAUUUCCCGAUUAUGACGGUGUGUGCCAAGGAGUUGAACUUCAAGGGAAGCUUCCGGUACGGUAGCGGAGACUACAAGCUCGCAGUCGAGCUGGUGGCCACGGGCAAGAUCAGCGUCAAGGAGUUUAUCACUGCUGAAUUCAAGUUCGAGGAUGCCGAACAGGCAUAUAUUGAUAUGAAGUCGGGCAAGGGGAUUAAGACUAUCAUUGCCGGACUGUAA